UGUUGUGGUGGGGGGGUUUUCCUUAGACCGAAUCAGGGUGCCGGUGAGUGUCGUUGCAGCCAAAGGUAGAGAUUGCGCCGGAGCUUGUUCGGGUUGAAAGCUGUGCUGAUCAGCAGCUCCCCGGCUGCGCUGACACCAGCGUGACGCACAGAGAGCGAGGGCGCACCGCGGCUGGAGUCACAUUGGAUUAAAGCCAGAGACAGCGGAGGGAGCACCAAGUUGAGAUGCUGCGAGAGCUCGUGGUACAGUGUGCGUGAGGAGGAGGAUGCUCCCGUCUCGCGCUUGUUAUUGUCUGGCAACUUUGGACUAAAAUUAAAAGGAAAGGAGCGCGCCUAUCUACCUGGGAUGUAUUUCUGUGAACUGUAAAAAAAAUAGGAAAUAGGUCAUAUAGGGCAGUUUUGAGGCUGGGGAGAGAUUUUGAGGUGCGAGAGGAGCGGAACAAAGCGCGCGCCAGGCUGAACACAAAAUCUGGGUAAAACAAAUAUGACGGCCGAUUUUCACGUUUUCUCGCGACUGCUGAUGUGCAACGAAGUAAAGGACACUUCUCCAAGCCUCGGGUGAUUCUGGAUUGCAAUUUACAUUUGUCAUCUUUUUUUUUUUUGGAGACAGAAGGGGACAUUAUCACGGCGGCGCAUCGAUAUCCCUGCGCGUAAUGGGAGAAAAGUUUCGGACCUUGCAGAGGAGUCGCACUCGCAGCAUCCCGCCGACGACUCGUUUUUAAAUAACAUGUGAAAGCCCCCCUCCCCCCUUCUGAUCCGGCCGCGGCUGACGGGAGUUUGUAAGUAAAAAAAAAUUGAGUUAUCCAUUAUGACUUGAAACAGCCUCGGGGGUUAUCCGAACGCGCAUUAAGCCAGUUAACGAUCCAUGAACCGCCCGACCCGAUUUGUCCAAAAGACGCGCAGACGGACAUUAAUGAUCUAGAGAGGAUUUCUGCAGCAGCAGCAGCAGCAGCAGAAGAAGAAGCAGCGAAAGUGAGAAACUGAACACAGCGAGAGAAGGAGAGGUUCCCUCCUGGAUGUCUAUGAUGUUGUGCCAGCUCGGGCAGAGGUGUGCGAUGGAGGUGGUGCUGCUGACCAUCCUGUCCUGGGUGUCCGUGUGGGCAGAGGAGAAGAUCAUCUUUGACAGACACGCUGUCUACUGGAACAGCUCCAACCCCAAGUUCUGGCACGGAGAGUACAGGGUGGCAGUGAACAUUAAUGACUAUCUGGACAUCUACUGUCCUUACUACGAGGGUCCUCCGUCCCACGGGCGCAUGGAGCGCUACAUCCUGUUCAUGGUCAACCAUGAGGGUUACACCUCCUGCCAGCACAGGAUGCGUGGCUUCAAGCGCUGGGAGUGCAACCGUCCCAGCGGUCCUGACGGGCCCCUGCGCUUCUCAGAGAAGUUCCAGCUCUUCACCCCCUUCUCCCUGGGCUUCGAGUUUAGGCCUGGACACGAGUACUAUUACAUCUCGUCUCCUCACCCAAACCAUGUGGGGCGAGCAUGUCUAAAGCUGAAGGUGUAUGUCAGACCUCCAGAUGGGUCGGGAUAUGAUUCUCCUGAGCCCUUCCUGACUGACGGAGGUCCCAGCUGGAGGCCAGGAGGGUCCGUGGCCCUGUUAGCAGCCCUGGUCUCACUGCUCCUGGGCCUCUUCUCCUGGGUGUGACCCCCUCCAACCCCUCCUCUCCUCUUCUUCUUGGAGCUCCCACCCUGAGGUCGCUGGGCUGGGCUGGCUGUCCCUCUUUUAAUCCACCACCCCUCAGGGAAGCCCUCUGUCUCUGUCCUCCCACCUUCCACCUCCUUAUGCGACCACCAACCACCCCCACUGCCAGCCCCUCCCAUGCCCAGCCACGGACACACUUUCCAGGCCUGGCUGAGAGGAUUUUGGUUUUUGGAAGCUUCCCUCCAUCUCUGAUCCCAGAUUUCUUGGGAUGAACAGCACCUCUCAGCUGAGAAACACAAGGGAAAUGUCUCUGCACUCAUAUCAGGGGGUCCUUUUUUUGAUUUGACUAUUGACUCCUGGCGGCUGAUGGGGUAGAUUUAGCCACAGCUAUGAUUAAACUUGUCGUUCCAGGGCAAAUUCCUAUCAUGCAAUCACGGCAGGAUGCAUUAAGCGACAGGCCUGGAUGCACAAAAAUUUGAUUUUUUCUCCUAUUGCUGUCCCAUUGUCAAACCAAGAAUUGGAGGUGGCCAAGCUUGCAUUGUAAUUGAAAUUCUAUAUUAUCUGGACCUUUUCCAAGUCUGCAAGGAGCAAAUGUACAGAGAUGAAGAGGAGAAGAGUGACCCGAGCUGUGCAGAAGAGAAAGCGAAAACCAAUGCGGGCACAGAUUUGAAUGGCCGUAUGGGAAAUGUAAUAUUAUAUGUGUUGAUAUUUUAGGAGCAGUGUAGACUCACAGAAAUGUGAUAUAAAAGAAAUCACAGUUUUAUUUUUUAUGAGAAACUCAGAUUUCACAUUAAAAUGACAAGUAUAAUCAUAGGCUGGUUCAGUGGGAGGGUGAGGGGGUGGGUGGGGGUGGGUGUUCUGGGUGGGUUUUUGAUGAGGUGUAUAUUUUCAGGUGGGUUGUGUUUUGUCUUAUUCAUGUUUCUAAACAAAGCAUUUAUCACAGCCUGGACAGCACAGGCUUAAUUCAGCACUGUCUAAUGUCUCGAUUGGGUUCGGGUGGCUUUUGGAAAAGUGACUUUCUUAUGUAUGAAUGUACCACUGGUAACCCACUUCUUUGUGUUUCUGUAUUAUUACAACUGUGGUCACUUACUUCUAUCGGAUCGGUGGGGAUUUUGAGGGGAUGGAGGGGGCGGGCAGGAGGUGGGUGACGUAAGAACGAACGAGGCACGGGCGAGAGAAAAGAAGGAGGCGACACUCAAGUUGCAUGACCACUGUGAAUCCUUCAGAUCAAUCUCGUUUGUAAUGAUGAUAUAUUUUUUCAUGGGGGAAAAAUCAACAAAACACCCUGCUACCGCUCUCUUGCUCUCCCUGAGACUUUUUUUCAGACAUCAAAAGAGAAAAAAAAAAACCCUCUCUCUCCUCGCACCGUUUCUCCCUUCGCUGGUGGAUUAGCUCGAGGGAGGCCGGGAGAUAAAUGGACCCAAAAGGUGAAACUGAGUGGAAACCAGCCCUCGGAGCCAGGGGCCGGAUCACGAUGGACGUAAACACAGACUGAAGCUGGUCCCGGGUCUGAGGGUUAAACCAAUAAGGGAAAGCACAUAGACUGUGGCAAACCAGGCGAGGGGUGUGUGUGUGUGUGUGUGUGUGUGGUAGCAUCAUAAAAAACACACAUGCACAUGCCCACACACACGGACAUAACUACCGUACACACAUGCAGUCUUUGAUAACAAGACUGUUCCUCUGAGACUGUGGGAGCAUUCAUGGACACGACUAUAAAGGGAACAGCUCAAAGAGGUGGGGGGUGGGUUGUGGGGGGGGGAGCA